AUGAUUGGACCCCUACUUACUCAGAUCCCGCGCGCUAUGCCUGGGAGGUUCCACCGAGUCUUUCGUGACGUGCUCGCGUCACCGCCGGAUGUUUUGGCGUUGCCUAUGGUGCUACUGCAUAAGGACCUGGGCGACUGCAAUAUCAUGGUGAGACAAGAAGAUCGGUGUUUGAUGGCGGUUGAUUGA